GAGCCCUACCGCAGCGGUGACGAUCCUUUCGAAUUCACCGGAUUAGCCAGAGGCGGCCAACAAGUAAUUAUCGUAUAUACGUCAUACGAUAAGACACAAAUGCUAUACGAUAAGACGAUGCAAUCUUUUUAAUUUUAUUGUUAACUCUAUAACCGAAGAUUAGUAUACUAGCAUAGUACUUAACACGCCAGCAGGUUGCUCGAUUAAAGAAGAAUUAUGGAAAGGCGAUCGAUCUGCUGGUCGAAUUGGCGUCGUUGCAGCACAAUUUCCAGAUGCUCGACAGGAGAAAGAAAAGGGGGAUACGGCCACCCUGCAAUAAAUGCCGGAGCGCGCCAGACAACCGAGGAGAAAGCGCGAUGACAGAACGAGAUGGGAAACGAAAAUCGGAGGGGGAUUCGAGCGCGCUGCGGGCCCAAUUAUACCAAGAAAAUACAGCCCAUAAAACCAGCCUAACUGCUGCCAAACAUCGGGAUAUGAUAAUGAGAACGUGACUGUUGCUCUUCCUUGCCUCCUAGCCCCGUAGAUGGAUCUCAUAGAUGUAGCAGCUGCCAAAACGAGAGAGAAAUUUUUUCCUAAAUUUCAACUGUCCUGUCAGACAUUUUGCACUUGAUUUUUACGCUAAAUUAAGAUAACUCACAACCGAUAUAUAAUUUAUCUUUGAGAACAAGUUUCUUUAUUAUUUUUGACAUAUGUGUUCGUUCAAUUAUAUAGAUUUCCUUAAGUGUAACUCUUGCCAUAAAUUAUAUAUAUAUAUAAUUUUAUACAUAUUUGCUAUUAGAUACAUAUAUGUAAAAUAUUAAAUCUGUGUUGCAUAUGAAACGAGAAGUGAUCGAAUAGAUCGAUUCGAUCGCUAUACGGAUAGGCGUGUACGCAAGCGGGACGGAAAUCCUGACGGGCGGGAGAAAUCAGAAGACCCUGUAAAGAAACAAACAAAGAAGGAGGGGAUAAGCAGACGGGCGCGAUCGUGGAGAGUCUCGAAUUGACAUCUACACGAUGCACGACCGAUACCUCGGUAUGUCGAUCGAUCGGCGGUGGAUGGCAUAUACGGCGCAAAGUUUAAAGUAGCCCUUACGAUCGUAAUUUUAAGAACGGAAAAUGCGUUGGAUCUUGUUGUUGACAUUAGUGCGUGCAAUAUGGUGCGCGCACGGCGCCUGCGAGCCGAUCAGAAUCGAGAUGUGUCGCGGUCUCGGCUACAACGUUACUGUCAUGCCGAAUCUAGUCGGUCACGAGAUCCAAGGCGACGCUGAUUUUACUUUACAGACGUUUAGCCCGCUUAUUCAAUAUGGAUGCAGCGCGCAAUUACAUCUAUUUCUGUGCUCGGUAUAUGCACCAAUGUGCACCGAAAAGGUCCCCGCACCCAUCGGACCUUGCCGAGGUCUAUGCGAGCAAGUACGAGCCCGUUGUUUUCCGGUGCUUCAGGGAUUCGGCUUUCCUUGGCCUGCUGCGUUAAAUUGCUCCAAGUUUCCACCAGAAAACAAUCAUCAACACAUGUGCAUGGAAGGACCGGGCGAACCUGGACCAGCUAAUCCUAUCCAGGCGAUGAGCGCCAGCAAUGGACCCUGGGGCUGUUCCUGGUACGCUAAAUCUGGAUUGUACAUCUUCCUGAAUCGCUCUGGAAGAUGCGCCGCCGCUUGCGACGCCGACAUUCUGUGGUCUCAAAAGGACAAGGGGCUUACAGAGGCCUGGAUGGCUGUAUUCACGACGGUAUGCCUCGUCUCCGUCGUGAUAGCUAUCUUCAUACUCCUAAAGCCGCGUAAACAGCCUGUACUGACCACUAUCGCAGAACGUGCAAUAGUCUUCUUGACGAUCUGCCAUGCAAUAGUUGCAAUCGGUUAUGUGAUCCGACUGGCCGCUGGUCGGCUGAACGUCGCCUGCACGCCUGCGAUUCCGCUGCACCCGCAGGAGCAGAUUGUCCUGGCCCAACAGCAACAACAGUACCUCACGCAAGACGGUUUAGCUAAUCCUUACUGCGCUGUCGUUUUUCUAUUACUCUAUUACUUUGGAAAUGCUGCAAUUGUUUGGUGGGUCGUGAUAUGUGCGUGGUGGUGCAUAAUGGCCAGAAAAUGGACGAAGACGACCGGCAACUGCAAGGAGGAUAGUUUAGGACAAGGAUUCUCAACCAUCACCGCCGUCUUGGCUUGGGGCUUGCCCGCUACGCACACUAUUGCUGUACUGGUUACAAGAGAUGUCGAUGCCGACGAGUUGACCGCAAGUUGCUUCGUUGGCCAGCAGAAUACGCACUCUCUACUCGUAUUAGUACUAGCUCCGCAAUUCGUUUAUCUAUCGUUCGGCAUAAUGUUUCUAUUGGUGGGUUUAGCGUCAUUGACAUUGUCACAACGUCCAACGGUGACGCCGACGUCGACAUCGGCAUCAUCAUCGUCGGCGGCAACAGCGGCGGCUGCAGCAUCUACGAUGACGACAGCAGUUUUAACAGCGUUAACGACGUCCCAUACGAAUCCGCUGAUGCGUCAGCAGCGCGAGAUGUCCGGUAAAUCGUCCCCGGCCGAGAUUCAUCGGCGACAGAAGCAGCUGUUGAUCCGCGUUGGCAUAUUCGGCUGUCUUUACGCCGUUCUGAUAAUCUGCCUCGUCAGUACAACUUUUUACGAAUGGUGGGGCAGGGAGACGUGGCUCCGAGCACCGGAACCGUCCACGGCGCCGCGUGUGCCCGCUCGACCUGUGUUGCAGUUCUUCAUAUUGCGGCUGGUGCUGACUCUUGGUGCCGGCGUGAUGGCUUCCGCGUGGAUCUGGUGGCCGGAAGUAACGAUCGUGUGCCGCAAGCUAUCGCACUGCAAACAACCGCCGCACAAAUGUCAUCCGGUACCUGUCGUGCAUUGUUACAGCGCCGGUACCGCUAGUCCCGUACCUCAUCAGAUUCAUCAUCUCAGUCAUUUGACGCCGUCGCAGCAUCCUUUGUUACAUCAACACGCAAUAGCGAAUUCGCAAAUGCCUCAUAGAAACUAUAAAAAGUAUCGGAAACAUCGAAAACAUCAUUCUGGCAGCGAGACGCAAGUUUGAAUGACAAUCGCAAUUGCGCGUAGUUCAUUGUUGGUCACAAAGUGCCUUAAACACGUCAUGUAUUUAGCCUAUAACACGUAAAAGCGAUACGAGCGUAAUGUAUCCUUUGUCUGCCAAUUUCUUACGUGCAUGCGUAAAGUCAUCCGUUCUAAUUUAAGUUAUUUUUAUCGUAUUCGUUUCAUAAUUUUUCAUGUAUUCUGUUCAUUCCACGUUUAUAACGUAAUAUAAAUUUAAUGACGUUUCUCUUUCUCCAUUUAAGAUAGAACCGUGUGAUGAAAGAAUCUUCAUCGCAAUUUUAGAGAUUUAUUGGAAAAUGCAAUUUACAUUAAUAAACUACUAUAAAUGGUGCGUCUCCUAAAUACGCCAUUGAAUUUAUUUGCUGUAAUAUUCGUGGAGAUGAGAGAACGGUCGGUGCUAAAUUUAAACCUCGAAGGAUAGCAGUCGGAGAAGAAUGCGUUCAAUUAGGUUUCCUACACGUGCAAUCGUGAUCAUGUAAACGCAUAUGUAUAUAAAGCAUCACGAAUAAAUCUCGUAUAAUACAUCACAUAGAUAGAUCGCACUUUAAUUCUGUGAUGUAUAAUUUUCGACACGGCGCGAUCUUUUUAAUCCAUUGUUAGCUAAAUUCUUUUACAUGUACAAAGUUUAUUUCGUUAUAUUAAUAGUUUACUCUUCUUUUUUCUCAAAAAUUAUUUUCGCGUUAUACGAGAAAAAAAAUUUUUUAAAUAAACGGACGGUUUGAUGUGAUAUCGAUGGAAUUAUUCAGAUUGAUUGCUAAUACAAUAUGUAAUAUAAAUAUUUAAAGUGUAUAUAUUUUUUCUCCUUAUAACUUAAUUCCAGACAGCACAACGUAAAUAUUUGUGAACUAUGACUAUUGAUUAAAAAGAUAAUUCAAAAUAAAAUUUAUCAAGUCAAUAUUGUAAUAACAUCAUUUUUUAAAUACUAUGUUGCAAUAUUAUAUAUUUUAAGAUUAUUUCUGUCAACUCGUCCGACUUGUUUCUAGAUUAUCGAUAAAUUGUCAAAUUGUUAUUGCCAUUUUAAGCGCAUAAAAUAUGAAUAUCUAGACCGUAUUCCAAAUUCCAAAAUUCACAGUCAGUAUUGGAAAGAACAGACUCAUAGAUUCCCAUUACUGGCAGUGAAUUUUAGAACACAGCCCUAGAUACAAGCAUGAUUUGUUACUAUUAUGUUGCGCAUGCGCUAAAAAGGGAGCAUGAUCAUAUUGCGCGAGUACACGAAAGACGAAAGUCGUACGAGUGUAUCGAAGACUUGAUUAAUUGUUUUUAAAUGAUUUAAAGAAAUAGUGGUGUUGUGUUUUAAAAAAUACUGAUAUUUAUAUCGAAAAGGAAAAAGGAAAGAAAUUUGUUAUAUUCAUUAUAGCAGAAAUAGGCGGAGAUUAUAAAAUUAGAGGUUAUGUGUAAUCAUAAUCUUGAUGUAAAAGAAAAAAAAAACAUCUUU